AUGGAUUAUAGAAAUCAGACUUUGGUGACUGAGUUUUUUUUCAUGGGCUUAACAAAUCACUUCCAGUACCAGGUUGUUCUCUUUGUGAUAUUUCUCUUGGUUUAUUUUGCCACUCUUCUGGGAAACGUGGGGAUGAUCACCCUCAUUUGGAUGGAUCCCCGACUCCACACUCCCAUGUACUUUUUUCUCGGCCACUUGUCUUUUGUGGAUAUAUGCUCCUCUUCUGUCAUUGGUCCUAAGAUGUUGACUGAUAUCUUUGUGGAGAAAAAAGUAAUCUCUUUCUUGGGUUGUGCUGCCCAGUUAUGGUGUUUUGUUCAGUUUGUAGUGACUGAAUGUUUCCUCCUGGCCUCCAUGGCAUAUGACCGGUAUAUGGCCCUCUGUAAGCCCUUGUUGUAUACUCUCAUUAUGUCUCAGCGCAUCUGUGUGCAGCUGGUGUUAGGGCCUUAUGCCAUAGGUCUUAUGAUUGCCAUGACCCACACGACACUUGCCUUUCGUCUGCUUUACUGUGGCCCCCAAAUCAUCAAUCACUUCUUCUGUGACGUUCUUCCUGUUUCGUCCCUGGCAUGUGCAGACAUCUAUGUCAAUCAGAUUGUACUUUUCAUCUUGGCUGGAGGUGUAAGAGUGGUCAGUGGUGUGACCAUCCUGGUUUCCUACAUUUACAUCAUCAUCGCUAUCCUGAGGAUCCACUCUGCUGAGGGAAGGCACAACGCCUUCUCCACCUGCUCUUCACACUUGGCAGCUGUGUCCAUCCUGUAUGGGACACUCUUUUUUAUCUAUGUAUGCCCCUGUUCUAGUUUCUCCCUGGACAUCAAUAAGGUGGUUUCUGUGUUCUACACAGCUGUGAUUCCCAUGCUGAACCCCCUUAUCUACAGCCUGAGAAACAGGGAGGUCAAGGAUUCAUUCAGAAGGACAUUUGAGAAGAAGAAGUUUCUAAUGAGUAAGUAA